AUGGCAGGGAUAGAAAAUGAAUACGGCAUACCUUCCUGUAUCAAUUGGCAAGCGGAAGCAGUCGCAGACUUCAUAGAAAAUAUCGGAUUUAAGCAGUAUAGAAAAACAUUCUUGCAGAAUGAAAUAAAAGGGAGAAAUUUAAUAGCAGUAGAUGCCUCAACCUUACCAAAAAUGGGAAUCACGGACUUUGAUCAUAUCAAGAUAAUCACGAAAAAUAUCCGAGAACUACUAAAGAUAGAAAAGCCAAAUUCGAAACGGAGCAUAGCACUACCUCCAAGGGGGACCAUUGCCACAUUUCUUGAACGCAAAAGCCGAACCGGCAAAACUUACGACAAUUUAAAGUUCAUACCAGAAGACUACAUCGAAGAAGAUUGGUAA